AAGAAAAAAAAAAGCCGCGAGGGCGCAAACGUUUUGUUAAUAAAUAAAUAACAAUCACAUAGAAACGUUUUCAAUAAAUAAUAUUAUUGUCACAAGCUAAGCAAUAUGGCUCUCGUGAAACCGAAAUCUGAGCUGACGCCGGAGGAACUAGCGCGCCAGGAAGAGGAGGAGUUCAACACUGGACCGCUUUCGGUGCUCACACAAUCAGUGAAGAACAAUACACAGGUGCUUAUUAACUGCCGCAACAACAAGAAACUGCUGGGUCGCGUGAAAGCCUUCGAUCGCCAUUGCAACAUGGUGUUGGAAAACGUGAAGGAGAUGUGGACGGAACUGCCGCGCACUGGCAAGGGCAAAAAGAAGGUGAAACCCGUCAACAAGGAUCGCUUCAUAUCCAAAAUGUUUCUGCGCGGCGACUCCGUGAUUCUGGUGCUGCGCAAUCCGCUGGCAACAGCAGCGGGCAAGUAGACUAGAGAGUACAACAAAACCACAACUUAUAAUUAACAUUCAACAAACAAGAAACAAUAAAACCAAAAGAAAUCUUUUAUAAUUCA